AUGAGAAUCCCUGCAAGCCCCAGGUCAACCGGUGGACUUGAACCUAACGUCGUUAGCUACAGUUCUGCGAUCACCGCCUACGACAGAGCAGAGAAGUGGUGGGCAGCCCAUCACGUUCUGGUGACAUUUCCCAUGGCCAACGUUCGUGCCAAUGUCGUUAGCUUCAACGCGGGCCUCAGUGCCUUCGAGGUGGGUGCGGAGUGGCAAAAGGCUCUGCUACUUCUACAUCAGAUGCCUAGUGUGCGCCUGGGUAUGGACGUGAUAAGCAUCGGCUCGGCUAUCAACGCAUGUGACUCGGGCGAGUGCUGGGAAAUGGCUACUCAGUUGCUUGCAGGCAUGGGCCAGGCUCAUCUGACACCCAAUGCGAUCAGCUAUAAUUCCACCAUCAGCUCCUGUGGGAAAGGAGGACAAUGGGAGCAGGCGCUGGAGCUGUUGUCCCGCCUGCAAGCGGCUAGGCUUGCCGAUGUGGUGGGUUUCAAUGCCACCAUCAGUGCCUGCGAAAGAUCGGGUAGCUGGGAAAAGGCUCUUCAGGUUCUGCUUCAGAUGCCGGAAGCUGGUGUUCUGCCAGAUGUUAUAAGCUACAACUCUGCCAUCAGCGCCCUGGAGCGAGGAUCACAGCACCACUUGGCCUUAGAGAUUCUCACGCAGAUGCCUUCGGCAAGUGUCCUUCCAGACGUUAUCAGUUACAAUGCCACGAUCGAUGCCUGCGCAGGCAGCGGAGAUUGGCAGCAGGUGCUGGAGUUGUUUCGAGACAUGUCCAAGGCCAGUGUUCCGGCGGACGUGAUCACUUUCAAUGCA